AUGUUGUCUUCUUCAUUGAUUCGCGUCGCACACCUUAUUUUAGCGGUUACGGCGGCUUAUUUUAUAUAUGACCUGAUAUGCUCCGUCUCUGACGAGCGUUUCAGUUUUGACGACGCAGUUCAUCGCUUGGUCGGCAUCGUUGGUCUUGGUGCUGGCCUUGCCUUUCGAAAGUGUGGAUCAGAACAAGUUGCAGCAUUAUUCAUAACGGAGAUCUCAAGUCCUUUCCUCCACGCCAGGGAGCUGCUUAAAGAGCUUGGCUACAAGGACACCCACCUCAAUCUAGCAGCAGAUAUCAUAUUCGCUGUAAUAUUUUCGGUAGCAAGGAUGGUGGGUGGACCUUAUCUCCUUUUCCUCACUCUAUCAGCCAAUAAUCCUAUACUUAUCAAGGCAACGGCCGUAGGACUGCAGUUAGUGAGUACUUUCUGGUUCUACAAGAUUGUAGGGAUGGUGAAAUACACGCUUACUAAAUCAAGGAAUAAAGUGAGUCCUUCUGCUACUCUGCAAACUACGAAAUCGGACUAA